CAUGGGAAACCUGGUGUUGGAGGGUGUCCUGCAGAAUCUUCUUUGGGUUGCAUUCGCAUUUUGUCCAAUACGAAGUCAUAUUAUUUCUAUACAUGAAACAAUUGAGGCACGGCCGGUGUCGAUAAAAUUAGAGAUAUGAGUUGAGGAAUAACAUUAAGUGAUGUUAAGUCCCAACGUGUGGGCCCACCAGAUUUCGCGCGAAAUACAAACUAGUCGCUUGCUGUUUUUCCACAGCUCGCUAUUACCAUCACGAUGCUAUUAUCUACAUCUUAUUUCUUGUUCUAUUUCUUUUUAUUCGAUAUAUCAACAUGUGCGCCAUUUCUCAAACCAAGCAACGAGACAACCACUGGCUGGGUGUCAGAUCCCAAUGGACGAGGAACAUUUUCCCUCGUCGUUUCUUGUCUAUUGACAUUAUCACUUUGUGUUUGGUCGGCAAUGCAUCUUAAUAUUCCAAGACCUUAUCACCCUACGAUUCAGGAGUUUAUAAGAGGAAUCAAAUGGGGUGUUGUAGGUAUUUUUGCUCCGGAGUUGGUGGUAUUUGCGGCUUGGAGACAGUAUAAUUCUGCGACUGCUUUGAAAGCGUUGGUUCAGGAUAGAAUUGCUGAGGCUGUGACACCAUCUCCGAGUGAACAGUCUCGUACACAAUCCUCAGAGCUUGAUGACAAAUCGACCAGAGUUGAAGUACAUGAUAUCAUUUCACCAUGGACCAUUGUUCAUGGCUUUUACGCCGGCAUGGGUGGAUUUGUUUUCGAUUUCGAAAAUUCCGAGGACAAUACGCCGACAUUCAUCCCCAACUAUCAACGUCUGACGCUUACCGCGCGUGGUGUCAAUUUACUCGCGGAAUGCGGUCACCUUCCAGACAUAACCAAACGCGAGAUAUUGGAUAAAAGCAAAGCAGAUACCAUGGCAAAACUCCUCGUUAUCCUCCAAGCUGGAUGGAUGUUAGUACAAGUUAUUGGACGACUUGUUACUGGGCUCCCAGUCACCCUUUUGGAGGUAAACACACUGGGCCACGUUCUCUGUGCAUUCAUCAUUUAUUUACUGUGGUGGCAUAAACCACGUUCUAUAAUGGUACCCACGAAACUCGAGGGAGAUUGGGUAAAGCCUUUGUGUGCGUAUAUGUAUAUGAGCAGUCAAAUCAGUGGACAUGAUAGCAAACAUCCCGGUAUUCUCAAGAGAUCGUGGAAGGAUUCCGAACUUUCGAGAUUUGCAUAUGUGCCUCCGGUGGCGUCUGAUGGAAUUCAGGAGGGGCUUGAAAUCCAGAGAACGCCGUCCAGUCUCACCCCGGAGAAAUCCCAUAAUUUCGACAUCAAUGCAGCAACUACCGAAUUGUAUGAGUCGGCCCAAAGAUCUACAUUCGGAUUCUUUGUCCCAUCAAGAUCAGACCUAAACGCCAACGGUUCUUCCAAACGAGAUCCCGAUCAAACAGAAAAUACUAAAUACCUACUUAAUGCUAGUCUUGAGCAACUUACCCGUUGGCAACUAGCAGCAAAAGCAAUCCAUACCCACCCUGCGCUCCGCUCCCGUUUUACUAUCAACACCAUUCCAGCUUCUCCUGGCCAGCCCGCCCACCAUAUUCACGAGCCUCUAAUCGAACAACUCGUUUCUCUCUCCGCGGGUAACUGGCCCGGUGAAGAUCUCCUCCGUAGCACUGGUGGUCUCGUCAUGGGCAUGACAUUAUGGCUAGCCAGCAUUGCGUUUGGAGCCGUGCAUGCAGCGGCCUGGUAUGAUUAUUUUCCCUCUCUCUUCGAACAAUGGAUGUGGAGAGCCAGCGCUGUAUAUAUCGCCCUUUCUGGACUAUUAUGGUUAUUUAUCAAUGGACUUGCUCGGGCUAUUAAGCCCAUCGACCAGUUCUGGGAUCGUUUUCUAGCUUUGAAAGAACAUUGGAGUAGCUAUUUGGUGAUUGGGUUUUUGUGUACAGUUUGUGGUAUAGCAUAUGUGGUUGCGAGAAUUUACUUGGUGGUCGAGGCAUUUAUUAGUAUUAGGAAGUUGCCGGUCGGCGCGUAUGGGACGCCGGAUUGGACAAUGGUUGUGCCGCAUUUGUAGUUUAUUUUCUAGGAGCCUUGUCUCGACUCAACCUAUUUCUUUUCCUUCCCCGACCUACUUCCCGACCCCGAAAAAAUCCACUCCAAAAAAUGUUCCAGAUCCGAGAUCUCAGCCCUACAGAACAUUCGGUCUCUAUUCCGGCCUCACUAUGACGGAAUUAAAAAUUCUGUUUUAUUGACCCAAUGUCUGACCAAGGACCGUCUUGUUGGCAAUACACGGCCCAAAAAAUACAGGUAGAAGAAUAAUAUAGUGUCAUAUAUAUAACCUACAAACCCGGCCGAAGUCAGCAUUCGAUAUAAUUAUUUCUUGUAUAUUAUUUUCUCCAUAUAUUGCAUACUAUACCGAGUGAGAAACCUUCAACAAGUUUAUCCAUUUCUAUCGAUUCUUCAUUAAUCCAUUAUUUUUUCUCUCUGUCAUCAAAAUCAACAUGCCAUCAAAAGCCAAUACCAAGAAAACACUCCAAGAUCCAUCUUCAAAAGCCCAUUCAAAUUCACAUACCCAAACAUCAACUCCUCAAAAGCAAUCUAAUACUUCCCACAGAAAUCCUCCUACACCUCCCGCUUCUAUUUACACCAUAGACUCCAAUUCCGACUCCGAGUAUUCGAACCAUACAUCUCCAUCUGAAUAUGCCUACUCUUCCUCCUCCUCAUCUCCCACUUCUCUCCACGCACCCGAAACCCCAUCUUUAGAAUCAUACCAAGAAACUCUUGAUGCGCAAAUAAUGGAAUACUUUCACUCCCACCCCGAUAAACCAUAUCUGCAGUCCCAAUCGAAAUACAACCGCACAGCCUCCUCACCCCAUCAAUCCCUAUCACCAUCAUCCUCUCUCUCCCCCUCCUCUCAUUCCCCCUCCUACGCCCCACCCCCCCUCUCCUCCCUCUCCCACCUCGACCACCACCUCUACAACAAACUCCUCCGUUCGCGACGGUACGCACACCUCGCGCUCUGCGCGCACGAAAACGAACUCGCGCGACAAAAACUCACCCAUCGAAUCUCACUCCUGAAUAUGGAACUCCGCGAAAAAGGAGAGGAGAUGAAGAGGCUUGUUGUGCAGGAAUUGAGUGAGGAGCAGGGGGUGCGGGAAGAAGCGAUGCCGAGUUGGAUGGGGGAGGUGU